AUGGAAUCCACUGCAUCCCAACUACGCAGUCGGAGAUGGACGCGGGACUCCUACCUCAUCUCCACCGACACCAGCCUCGUUCCUAUCCCCGAGCUUAAUGCAGCUUUCGCUUCUGAGGAGUUCUACUGGGGGAAGCCGCUUCCCGCACCAGUCAUGAGAGAGACUCUCCAGAACUCGCUCUGUUUCGCUCUCUAUGAUAUCAAAAGCCAUCCCGUCAAAGAAGCCAAGACGCUUCUCAGAGCACAAGCCGCCAGCUCAGACGAGGUCUCAACCCCAAAGGCCGAAAACGCACCAACACUGCUCGGCUUCGGCCGCAUCAUCACCGACUACACCACCAUCGCAUUCGUAACGGAUGUUUGGGUUCAUCCUUCGACGCAGGGAAAGGGCCUGGGCACUUGGUUGGUGCAGUGCUUGCAAGAGGUGAUUGAGUCGAUGCCGCACCUGCGCAGGAGCAUGCUGCUCACGGGUAGCUGGGACAAGUCGGUGCCGUUCUACCAAAAGUUGAUGAAGAUGGACUUGAUGAAUGAGAACACCGGGAAGAAUGAGCUUGCUGUUAUGACUAUGAUAUGGAAGGGAAACGGCCAUUGGGUUGAGCCGGAGGCGUAA